AUGGCCCCCGACGACCGCGACCGCCACGACUCGGCCCCAGACCUGCGCAUCCUCGGCGACAGAAUUACACUUCAACCAAGUGGAUUCGUCGAGCCCCCCAAAGACAAAGAUGAAAAAGACGAGGCGUUGAUGAAGAACGUAGCCCGCUUCCGCUCCGAGCCGUUACGCUUCCUCCGCGAUGUCUCCCUCUACGUGUCCGGAACAGGCUGGCGCGCCUACGACGACGUGAUCGGCCAGCCAAUCUUCUACAACGGCUUCUCCGAGCACAUCAAAACCCAAGUCAUGUCCGCCACCGUCCUCCAAACCAAAAUCGCCCAGCUCGCCGACCUGCGCAUUUCGGUAGAGGAAAAACAAGGCCUCCUCCCACCCCCAAGUUCAGGCAGGGAAUACGAGAUCAGAAAAGCCAAGAGACGCGCCGAGUUGGUCCAAGGCUUACAAGAAGUCGCCGAGCACCUGACGGAUAACAUGAUUUGCAAGUUUGAGAGCAAGACUUUCAUCCGCGGGGCGUACUACCUCGUCACGCAGUUGUUGCUGAGGGCGUACCACCAGGGCAUCCACGUCUCUAGCGAGGAGGUGUUGAGGCUGAGGAAUGUGGCCGAGGAGGCGGAGAAGAAGAAACAGAGUAUUAUUUUCCUGCCGUGUCACAGGUCGCAUGUGGAUUAUGUUGCGCAGCAGUUGCUGUGUUAUCGGCUGGGGCUGGCGCUGCCGGUGGUGGUGGCGGGGGAUAAUCUGAACUUUCCCCUGGUGGGCAGCUUCUUGCAGCAUGCGGGGGCCAUGUAUAUCAGGAGGAGCUUUGGGGAUGAUCAGCUUUAUACGACGCUGGUGCAGGCGUAUAUUGAUGUCUUGUUGCAGGGGGGGUAUAAUCUGGAGUGUUUUAUCGAGGGGGGGCGGUCGAGGACGGGGAAACUGCUGCCGCCAAAGUUUGGGAUCUUGAGCUUUGUGUUGGAUAGCUUGCUGAGUGGGAGGGUCGAGGAUGCGAUCAUCUGUCCGGUUUCGACGCAGUAUGACAAGGUUAUCGAGACGGAGGGCUAUGUCACCGAGUUGCUUGGCGUGCCCAAGAAGAAGGAGAACUUGGCGGAUUUCUUGUCCGGGGGGUCGAAUGUGCUGAGCUUGAGGCUGGGGAGGGUGGAUGUGAGGUUUCAUGAGCCGUGGAGUUUAAGGGGGUUCAUCGAUGACCAGAUUAGCAGGCUGAGCAAGGUCCCGUCUGCUAUCCACGUCGAUUGGACAGACACCAAGAAUCAGGUCGUCAGGCAAAAACUGCUUCGAACGCUUGGUUACAAGGUCCUGGCAGACAUCAACGACGUCUCGGUCGUCAUGCCCACCGCCCUCAUCGGCACCGUCCUCCUCACCCUCCGAGGCCGCGGCGUCGGCCGGGCCGAACUCAUCCGCCGGGUGGAGUGGCUCACGGAAAGGGUCAGGGCCAAAGGCGGCCGCGUCGCCCACUUUGGCAACCUCCCCCUCUCGGACGUCAUCGAGCGCGGGCUCGAAGUCCUCGGGAAAGACCUCGUCGGCGUGGUCGAAGGCCUCGCCGAACCGACCUACUACGCCGUCGACCGCUUCCAGCUCUCCUUUUACCGCAACAUGACCAUCCACCUUUUUAUUUCGGAAGCCUUGGUCGCAGCAGCGCUCUACACAAAGGUCAAGCAGGGGGGUGGCCCGGCCAUCCAGGAUAUACCCUACAAGGAGCUCCGCGACCAAGUCCUCUUCCUCUCCUCCCUCUUCCGCGGCGAGUUUAUUUACAGCGGCGAAGGCCUCCAGGUGAACCUCGAGCGCACCCUCGCCGGCCUUGAGGCGGACAACAUCAUCAUGAUUGAGCGUGACGAGCAGCGGAACAUAACCAAGAUCGGCCUCUCCGACGCGGAGCGCGCAGCCGGCCGAGAGAAUUACGACUUUUACUGCUUCCUCAUCUGGCCGUUUAUCGAAGCCUCUUGGUUGGCAGCCGUCUCGCUGAUGGGUUUGACGCCACCCCUGGGACAAAAAGAUGACUUGGGCAAAACCCUCUACCACCAAGGCGACCUCUCCUACUUUGAAGCCGUAAACAAGGAAACGCUCAAGAACUCGUACCAGCGGUUUGAGGAGGAGGGGAUCAUCCAGGUGGUCAGGUCUAAAGACUCGAGGAUCCCCCCGAGGCUCCGGGUGUCGCCCGAGUGGAGGCCGAGGAGGGAUGAGGUGACGGGUAACUUGACCGCCUCGGGGAAGCUGUGGGACUUUACCGAAAAGAUUGCUUCGAGCAGGAGGGAGGGGAAGAACAGACGGGAUGGGGCGACGGUGAGUACACGAGUGAUCCGGUUGACGGAUGAGCUGGGGCAGAAGCUGUGGGAGGAGGCCGUGAGGGGGGUGGAUGGGGGGAAGAAGGCCAAGGGGUUGAAUGCGCCGGCUAGGUUGAGUGCGGAGGAGGAGAGGGUGCUGGAGAGGAGUCAGAGGGAGAAGAAGAAGAGGAGGACGUUGGAGGGGAGGGCGCAUUUGUAA